AUGGAGGACGCGACGAAGCUGACCGAUUCCGAGGAGGAUCGUCGUCGCGGCAGCCCAAGCGGGAAGAACGACACGAAACGGGGCCACGCUGGGGGGCCGGUCGAGUCGUCGAGACGACGACGACGUGAAUUCGGGGACGACGAGUGCAGCACGGACAGCGGUUGCAGCAGCGGCGGAAGUAUCGAUAGCGCGGAAAGAUUGUCACGUCGCGGUAGCAGCGAACGUCUGUGCCGUGCCACAAGAUCCCCGAAGAGCCAUUGUUAUCUGGAUCGACUUCGGGGUCGUCCGACCCGUUCCCAGGAACGAUUGUCCAGCGUCCAGAGAAGCUCUGAGCGUGUACGCGCGAAAUCAUCCCGUUCGUGGAGCCCAGGCGACGUCAGAGGUAUCGCAAGAACCACCGAAUCGCUCUCCUAUUCGCCGAGCCCGUCAGACGUGCAGAGCAGCAGCGACAGCGAUUCGUUCAGGAAAUCGUUCACAGCUGACACGCUUCGCAGAGCGUUCCAAACGUUGAAGAUCACCUCGAAACGGGAGGGUAAGGAGAACAAACACGCGAAGAAGAGCCCCAAGAGGAUUCUACGGAGCCCCGUUUCGUACACCUAUGUUCGAGGGCUUUCGGGUCUGCCGACCCAAAGAGUCCCGAGGAACGUGGCCCAGCAGCUGUCGAUGCCGUGCUCCUGUCAAGACGGAUCCGUGGGACUGUAUCGAUAG